AUGUGGCCGGUAGAGACAGCUGUCCAGAAGCUAUUGCAGGCGGUGUUGGAUGGAACUCACAGGGGCUGGACUUACGCCAUUUACUGGCAGCCUUCGUUCGAUAAUUCCGGCGAGACCGUACUAGUGUGGGGAGAUGGGUUUUACAAAGGCCAAGAAGAUUCUAAGAGGAAAACGAAGUCGACUCCGGCUGACCAGGAGCCUUGGAACAAGGUUAUGUUGGAGCUUAAACCCGAGGACAGCGACGUGAUAGUGACGGACAUAGAAUGGUUCUACUUGAAAUCGAUGUCGUGGAGCUUUUCAAGAGGAUCCGGAUUAGUGGGUCAUGCGUUCUCCACUUCGACCCCGGUUUGGGUUUCCGGGUCGGAUCAGAUACGCAGGUCAGGCAUCGAGCGAGCUAAAGAGGAAGGGGACUUCGGUGGGGAGACCAUCGCAUGUAUCCCGCUGGCUAACGGAGUCUUGGAACUUGGUUCCACGGAGUUGAUCCCACAGAGCUCAGAUCUGAUUAACAAAAUCCAAAACCUUUUCAACUUAAACACUCUUCACAGCUUGAGCCCUGACUGGGUUAACGUAGCUCAAAGCUCAAGCUCCAGGGUUAUCUCUAAGUCACGAAAGCUGGAGAAUGCUUGUUCAAACCCCACCAACUCUAGCGAGGUGCCAGAUCAGAAACUGCUAAAGAAACGAGUGACAAGGUCGUCGAAAAGCAGGGAAAAGCCGAGAGACCACGUGGAGGCUGAGCGGCAGAGACGUAACAAUCUAAACCAGCUGUUCUACGCAUUACGAGCAGUGGUGCCCAAAGUGUCCAAGAUGGACAAAGAGUCGUUGCUCAGCGACACCAUCACUUACAUCAACGAACUGAAGGCCAAAGUAGACAAAGCCGUAUCUGAGAGAAAUGAGAUCGAGAUCCAGCUCGAGGAAGUGAAGAAGGAGCUAGCCGAACGAAGAGUCGCAUCGUCCAAGGAGCCAGAGGGGAUGGAGAUCGAAGUGAAGGUAAUUGAAAGCUAUGCGAUGAUCAAAGUCAAAUCAAGCAAGCAAAAUCAUCCAGAGGCGAGAAUGAUGAAAGCCUUGAUGGACAUGGAGCUAGAGGUGGACCAUGCGAGCGUUGUGGUGGUCAACGAUCUUAUGGUUCAACAAGCCACGGUGAAGAUGGAUUUCAAAAUCUAUACUCAAGAGCAGCUCCGGAUCAUGUUGAUAUCCAAGAUAAAUUAG